CACAGCCUGACGGCCGACACGUGCGGCGCGCUGGGCGCGCUGCUGCCCGGCCAGACCGUGUGCACCGAGCUGGUCCUCAGCGACUGCAUGCUGAGCGAGGAAGGGGCCGUCCUGCUGUUCCAAGGGCUCUGUGCUAACUCUGUGGUGCAGGUUCUGGAUCUGAAGGGCAAUAACCUUCGAGCUGCAGGGGCCGAGGCUCUGGGGAAACUCCUCCGUCAGAACCAGUCCAUCCAGAGCCUCACCCUGGAAUGGAACAGCCUGGGCACGGGGGAAGAUGCCUUCGCCAUCUUCUGUGGGGGCCUGGCCGCCAACAGUGCCCUACGGCAGCUUGACCUCCGCAACAACCAGAUCAGUCACAGGGGGGCGGAGGAGCUAGCCCUGGCCCUGAGGGGCAACACCACCCUCCAGCAGUUAGACCUGCGCUGGAAUAACAUCGGCCUCCUGGGGGGCCGGGCCCUGGUGAGCUGUCUCCCCAGCAACAGAGCCCUGUGCCGCCUGGACCUGGCUGGGAACAACAUCCCCGGAGACGUUCUGAGAGCCGUGGAGCAAGCCAUGGACCACAACCAGGACCGGCGCACGGCCUUCCAGGAGAAUACGGCCCGCACCCACGUCCUCAGCAAGGAAGUCCAGCACCUCCAGGAGGAGAAGUCCAGGCAGUAUCUCAGCUUGAUGGAGACGAUUGAUAAGCAGAGGGAAGAGAUGGCCAAGAGCAGCCGGGCGGCAGCCGCACGUGUGGGGCAGCUUCAGGAGGCGCUGAGCGAGAGGCUCUCCAUCGUCAACUCCCUAAAGGCCAAGCUGCAGAUGACCGAGGCGGCCUUGGCUCUGUCGGAGCAGAAGGUCCAGGACCUGGGAGAGCGGCUGGCCGCCUCGGAGCAGGCGCAGCAGGGCCUGUCGCAGAAGCAGGAGAAGGCGCACAGGCUGGAGCAGCAGGAAGCUGCAGAGCGUGAGUCUAAGCUCCUCAGAGACUUGUCUGCUGCCAACGAAAAGAACCUGAUGCUCCGAAACCAGGUGGAUGGGUUGGAGCGAAAGGUGAAGUCUCAGCAGGAGCAGCUGUUUCUGACCAGGCAGGAGCUAACCAACACUUCAGCCGAGCUGAAGAUGCGCGCCAUCCAGGCUGAGGAGCGCCUUGACAUGGAGAAGAGAAGAGCCAAACAGAGCCUGGAGGACUUGGAGAAACUGCAUGCCAAGGAGGUAGAUCACAUGACUCGCCACCUGGAAGAGAGUGAGAGAACCAUGCAGGAGAGGGUGCAGAGGCUGGAGGCUCUGCGGCUGUCUCUGGAGGAGGAGCUGAGCCAAGCAAAGGCAGCGGUGGUCAGCGAGCGCAGCCAGGCAGAGGAGGAGCUCAUCAAGGCCCGGAGCCAGGCCCGCCUGGAGGAGCAACAGAACCUGGCACACCUGGAGGAGAAGAUGCGGCUGCUGGCGCAGGCCAGGGAUGAGGCCCAGAGCGCCUGCCUGCAGCAGAAGCAGGCUGUGGCCGAGGCGCAGGCCCGGGCCGGCCAGCUCAGCCUGCAGGCCGAGGGGCAGCGGCGGCGCCUGGAGGAGCUGCAGCAGGAGUUGAACAACAAGGACCAGGAGAAAGUGGCAGAGGUGACCAGGGUGCGGGUGGAGCUGCAGGAGCAGAUGGGCCGCCUGCAGGCUGACCUGGUGGCCCAGGAGGUGCUGAGGGAGAAGGUGAUGGCCUUGGAGCGCCAGCUGAAAGCGAUCUCCAGUGAGCACCGGGCGGCGCUGCUGGACCGAGAGAGUGAGAAUGCCUCCCUCCGGGAGAAGCUCCGGCUCAAGGAGGCGGAGAUCAUGCGCAUUCGGGAAGAGGAGGCCCAGAGGGCGAGCUUCCUGCAAAAUGCAGUCCUGGCCUAUGUGCAGGGGUCCCCCCUGAGAGCCUUGAGCCCCCCAAAAUGAACAGGGGUCAGGGGGCCCGGACAGGCCUCACACAGGGCAGUGCCUGGGCGGCUGGCCGCCCCACCAGGAGGACACUGCCCUCAGGAAGGGCUUCAUCUGCCCAGAACACAGGCCCGUGCAGCGGCAAAUACAGAACUUAGGCCCUCAGUGA